CUGCCAGGCUACGGCCAUCCUCAACUAUCGACAUCUGAUCGAAAUCUGGAGAAUCGAAACAACCUUCCGUGUUCACGAAGAUCACAAAAAGGACAGAAAUAUCAACGGAAUGCAGGAAUUGCUCGAGCUUGGAAGGAAUCAAGAAGAAGAAACUCAGGACAGAAAAGAAACCCACCAUGGAACGAGGGAGAUCCAAUGUUAAAUUUGACAGCGAAUGGCUUCUGCAAGAAUUGUGGGGCUUGGAAGGAAGAACAAGAAGAAGAAGAAGAAGAAAUUCAGAAAAGAAACACACCAUGGGAGAGUGAACGAGGGAGAUCCAAUGUUGAAUUUGACAGGGAAUGGCUUCUGCAAGAACUGUGGGGAUUGGAAGGAAGAACAAGAAGAAGAAGAAGAAAUUCAGAACAAGAAAGAUUUGCCUCCCAGAUUACACGACACUCUUCCAAGCUGCGACCAUGGAUGGCCGCACGGUGUUCACUUUGGCUGAGGUUGCCUCCCACGACAACCGCAACGACUGCUGGUUGAUCAUUGAGGAUAAGGUAUAUGAUGUGACAAAAUUCCUCGAAGACCAUCCUGGUGGUGAUGAAGUCUUGUUGUCAAGCACUGGUAAGGAUGCAACCAAUGAUUUUCUCGACGUCGGGCACAGCAGCGCUGCUAGUGCAAUGAUGGAAGAAUUUUACGUAGGCGAUAUCGAUAGCUCGGUUAUUCCUGCAAAAGGAGAGUACAUUCCUCCAAAGCAGCCCCUAUACAACCAAGACAAGACACUGGAAUUCAUUAUCAAGGUACUCCAGUUUCUAGCUCCCCUGGUAAUUCUAGGUUUGGCUUUUGGCAUCCACAUCUAUACCAAAACGACUUAAACGUUGAAGUUAGUGAUCGGUCCAGUGGCUUUUGGUUUUUAGGUCAGGUUUGUCUUCGCGAACGGAACAUCGUUGUUUUUAUUGUCUUCCUUUUAUAAAUUAUUGUUAGUGAAAGAGAGUGAUUGAAUGGUUGAUGAAAAUAUUAUAUUAUGAA